UCUAAAUUUGGUUUCACCAAAAUUAAUGAAAUAAUCAAUUUGACAGUUAAGUGGACCUUGGCUCCACGACGAGAAGAGCUUGUGACUUCUCUGUAUCAACAAGAGAACACAACACCAAAAUCUGGUCUUCUCUGAAACCAAAGACAAGAUUCAGAAAAAAAUGGAUCUAAAUUCACUUCUUCACUCUCUCAUUCCUUCUUUCACCUCUGUGGGUUUAUUGUUGUCGUAUUUUGGGUACUUAGCUAUAUUCGGGUCUGUUCUACCCGGCAAGAUUGUUCCUGGCGCUACUUUAAGCGACGGCACUCGUCUCCAUUAUCGUUGCAAUGGUUUGUUGUCAUUGACUUUGUUGGUGUUGCUUCUUGGAGGUGGGGUUGCUGUUGGAUUCGUAUCACCUACAGUAUGUAAUCUCUGUUGCUGUGGCAUUAUGCAUUUUCUAGUCAUUGUGGAUAGGGGACUUGAGCUUUUAUCUGCGACCUUUAUAUUCUGCUUUGUUGUAACCUUGUUACUUUGUGUUGCCGGUAGCAUUUCACAUGACAAAGGUUCAUCGCUGAAGCCUCAUGUAUCUGGAAAUUGGAUUCAUGACUGGUGGUUUGGAAUACAGCUGAAUCCUCAAUUUAUGGGCAUUGAUCUCAAAUUUUUCUUUGUGAGAGCUGGGAUGCUGGGAUGGUUACUUAUUAAUCUUUCAAUUUUGGCUAAAAGUUUACAAGAUAGCAACUUAAAUCGGUCUAUGGUUUUAUACCAGCUAUAUUGCACUUUUUACAUCCUGGACUACUUCUUCUAUGAGGAAUACAUGACUUCCACUUGGGACAUUAUUGCAGAGAGAUUGGGCUUUAUGCUGGUGUUUGGGGAUCUUUUGUGGAUUCCUUUCACAUUUAGUAUCCAGGGGUGGUGGCUUUUGAGGAAUAAGGUGGAUUUAACCACUGCUGCAGUAGUGGCAAAUUGCAUCGUCUUUUUGAUGGGGUACCGCAUCUUUAGGGGAGCUAACAGGCAGAAGCACGUGUUUAAGAAGAAUCCUAAAGCACCGAUAUGGGGCAAACCUCCUAAGGUCAUUGGGGGCAAAUUGCUUGCUUCUGGCUAUUGGGGAAUCGCUAGGCACUGUAAUUAUCUAGGAGAUUUGUUGUUGGCACUAUCCUUCAGUUUACCAUGUGGAAUUAGCUCCCCAAUUCCUUACUUUUAUCCUACAUAUCUUCUUAUUUUGCUGAUCUGGAGAGAGAGAAGAGACGAAGCUCGAUGUGCAGAGAAAUACAAAGAUAUUUGGGCUGAGUACUGUAAAAUUGUGCCCUGGAGAAUAUUACCAUAUGUUUAUUAGGGUUUUACACCAUCAACAUUCUCUUCCGUACGGUCAGUGAGAGUUUUGGUUUAAUAAUGUAGGAUAUUUUCAUACGAAAUACGAAGUCAUAUACCUGGGCUACAGGCGAUCAAAGCCAGAGUUGCAAAUGGACAAUGAGGUGUAUGUCAAAUAUUGAAGAAUGUUGUAUAACAAGAUAUAGAAAGCUACAAUAGUGUCGAUCAUUUUCACGAGUCAAGUGGUUCGAGAGAUGUUUGGGAUUUUCGUAUUAUUCAUUGCUACAAAGAAGGUAAUAAAGUGGCUGUUAUGACAUUACUUUUAGUUGUUAAAUUUUCAUCAAAUUUGUAGGGUUUUCCUCCUCUAUAGCACCAUAAAAAAGAAGGUUAUUCCAUGUUGGUAAAAUGGAUGUUUUGUUGAAUUUAUAACUUUAGCAACCUAUGUAAAUGCAAAGGAUAAAAAAUCAAAUCAGAUGAACCAACUCUUAAAAUUUGUGAACUUGUUGAGAGUGAGGGAUAGCCUAAGUGCUUAAAGCUUCUUUUUCGGUUUCAGAAGAUCUUAGGAUUGAUUCUUAUCAUCUGUCCUUGUGCUCUAAACACCAAAAAAAAAACAAAAGUGAACUUCUUAAAUGAGACAAGCUUGGUGGAACAAAUGGAACAACAUUGAAGUACGUCAUCAAAUAGUCAAUAUAGGAAGGUUACCUUGAAGAAGAGGUAGAGCAUUGAAUUGUUUUAUUAGAUAUUGGACAUUUGUAUUUGGUGUACUAGUAUAAGUUAAAUGAAAUGUCAUUUCAUCAAAGUAAACAUUGUCUUAGUAAUCUAUUGCAGUCAAAGUAAAGGAAAUUUCUCAUCUCUUGAAAUACCUA